CUUUCUGGUUGAUGCGGUCGCUCACUUCGGUAUCGAUCAGAGGCAGGACAGGCCGAUCGUCAGAUCUUGUGGUAUCGGAAAUAGGCGUCCACUCCUCUUUCAUCGUCACCCGCGCCCCCGGGCUCGGGCGCAUUAAAAGAUUAUCCCGGAUCUGAACACUCUGUCGAUGGAGCCGCUCCGCCGCUGAAGGGGGAAGAGUCGGGAAACCGGGAGAAGGGUUGAUUAUUCCAGUGGGGGAAAAAAAUCCACCGCCAUCAGUGAGGAACCAUGACUGCGCAAGUGACUUUGGAAGAUGCCCUAUCCAAUGUUGACCUGUUGGAAGACUUACCAUUGCCUGAUCAACAGCCUUGUAUUGAACCACCGCCUUCAUCACUUUUGUACCAACCAAAUUUCAACACCAACUUUGAAGAUAGAAAUGCAUUUGUUACAGGAAUUGCAAGAUACAUUGAGCAAGCAACCGUUCAUUCCAGCAUGAAUGAAAUGCUAGAGGAGGGGCAGGAAUAUGCUGUUAUGCUGUAUACUUGGAGAAGUUGUUCAAGAGCUAUUCCUCAGGUUAAGUGCAACGAGCAGCCAAAUAGAGUAGAAAUUUAUGAAAAGACAGUGGAAGUCCUUGAGCCAGAGGUCACUAAACUUAUGAAUUUCAUGUAUUUCCAGCGCAACGCAAUUGAUCGAUUUUGUAAUGAGGUGAAGCGACUCUGUCAUGCAGAGAGGAGGCGAGAUUUUGUUUCAGAAGCUUAUCUUCUCACACUGGGCAAAUUCAUUAACAUGUUCGCAGUAUUGGAUGAAUUGAAGAACAUGAAAUGCAGUGUAAAAAAUGACCACUCUGCAUACAAACGAGCUGCUCAAUUUCUUCGGAAAAUGUCAGACCCACAAUCCAUACAAGAAUCUCAAAAUCUCUCCAUGUUUCUUGCAAACCAUAACAAAAUUACUCAGACGCUGCAGCAGCAACUUGAAGUCAUUCCAGGCUAUGAGGAGCUUCUUGCUGACAUUGUAAAUAUUUGCAUUGAUUAUUAUGAGAACAGAAUGUACCUUACUCCUGGUGAGAAACAUAUGCUGCUCAAGGUGAUGGGCUUUGGACUUUACCUUAUGGAUGGAAGUGUAAGCAAUAUAUACAAGCUUGAUGCCAAGAAAAGAAUAAACUUGAACAAGAUUGAUAGAUUUUUUAAGCAAUUGCAGGUGGUGCCUUUAUUUGGUGACAUGCAGAUCGAGUUGGCCAGAUACAUCAAGACAAGUGCUCAUUAUGAGGAAAACAAAUCAAGAUGGGCCUCCACAUCUUCCAGUAGCAGUCCUCAGUACAACAUUGUGGAACAAAUGAUUCAGAUCAGAGAAGAUCACAUGCGUUUCAUCUCUGAGCUGGCUCGCUAUAGCAACAGUGAGUACUCUUGGAAACUUGUGCAUCCCACUGAUAAGUACUCUAAUAAAGACUGUCCAGAUAAUGCAGAAGAAUAUGAGAGAGCAACUAGAUACAAUUACACAAGUGAAGAGAAGUUUGCACUUGUUGAGGUUAUUGCCAUGAUAAAAGGAUUGCAGGUGCUGAUGGGCAGAAUGGAGAGUGUGUUCAAUCAUGCAAUUCGACAUACCAUUUAUGCUGCACUCCAAAAUUUUGCUCAGAAAACACUUCGUGAACCUUUGCGUCAGGCUAUCAAAAAGAAGAAGAAUGUGAUUCAGAGUGUUUUGCAAGCAAUUAGAAAGACUAUUUGUGAUUGGGACGUUGGACACGAACCAACAAAUGAUCCUGCGCUCCGAGGAGAGAAGGACCCAAGAGGAGGCUUUGAGAUCAAAGUUACUCCCCGGGCAGUCGGACCAUCUAGUACCCAGCUCUACAUGGUUAGAACUAUGCUAGAGUCCCUCAUUGCUGACAAAAGUGGCGCAAAGAAAACCUUGAGAAGUAGUCUUGAGGGCCCCACCAUUUUGGCGAUAGAAGAAUUUCACCGGCAUUCAUUCUUCUACACUCAUUUACUCAAUUUCAGUGAAACUCUUCAGCAUUGCUGCGAUCUGUCUCAGCUUUGGUUCAGAGAAUUCUUCCUUGAGCUGACAAUGGGCAGAAGAAUCCAGUUUCCGAUUGAGAUGUCUAUGCCAUGGAUUUUGACUGACCAUAUUUUGGAGACCAAAGAAGCCUCCAUGAUGGAGUAUGUGUUAUAUUCCUUGGACCUUUACAAUGACAGUGCCCAUUAUGCACUGACUAAGUUCAAGAAGCAGUUCCUUUAUGAUGAGAUUGAAGCAGAGGUAAACCUUUGUUUCGACCAAUUUGUAUAUAAAUUGGCUGAUCAAAUAUUUGCUUACUACAAGAUUCUGGCUGGAAGCCUUCUUCUAGACAAACGGCUACGAGCAGAGUGUAAGAAUCAGGGAGCUAACAUACCAACACCUCCAUCAAAUAGAUAUGAGACUUUAUUGAAACAAAGACAUGUACAGCUUCUUGGUAGGUCAAUAGACCUGAAUCGGCUGAUCACUCAAAGAAUUUCAGCAGCAAUGUACAAAUCAUUAGAAUUGGCAAUCACACGAUUUGAGAGUGAAGACGUCACCUCUAUUGUGGAACUUGAAGGUCUGAUAGAAGUCAACCGUAUGAGUCACAAGCUGCUCAGUAAAUACUUAACUCUGGACAGUUUUGAUGCCAUGUUCAGAGAAGCCAAUCACAAUGUAUCUGCACCAUAUGGAAGAAUAACUCUCCAUGUUUUCUGGGAACUGAAUUAUGAUUUCCUUCCAAACUACUGCUACAAUGGUUCUACACAAAGGUUUGUGCGUACUGUGCUGCCCUUCUCCCAAGAGUUUCAAAGAGAUAAACAACCAAAUGCACAGCCACAGUAUUUAUAUGGAACUAAGGCAUUGAACUUGGCUUACAGCAGUAUUUACAGCAACUACAAAAAUUUUGUGGGCCCUCCACAUUUUAGAGCGAUUUGCAAGCUUCUCGGCUAUCAAGGAAUUGCUGUGGUAAUGGAGGAACUGCUGAAAGUUGUUAAAAGCCUACUACAAGGAACCAUCUUGCAAUAUGUGAAGACUUUAAUGGAAGUGAUGCCUAAAAUCUGCCGCCUACCUAGACAUGAGUAUGGUUCACCAGGAAUUCUGGAAUUCUUCCAUCAUCAGCUGAAAGACAUUGUGGAGUAUGCGGAACUGAAGACUGUGUGUUUUCAAAAUUUACGAGAAGUUGGCAAUGCUGUUCUUUUCUGUCUUCUUAUUGAGCAGAGUCUGUCUCUCGAAGAAGUCUGUGACUUGCUACAUGCAGCACCAUUCCAGAAUAUUUUGCCAAGAAUCUAUGUCAAAGAGGGUGAGCGGCUGGACACAAAGAUGAAGAGACUGGAAGCUAAAUAUGCUGCACUUCAUCUUGUUCCACUGAUAGAACGACUUGGAACACCUCAGCAAGUUGCAAUUGCGAGAGAAGGUGAUCUGCUGACAAAGGAACGGCUGUGUUGUGGUCUCUCCAUGUUUGAAGUGAUUCUGACACGAAUCCGGCAGUUCUUGGAUGAUCCCAUAUGGCGUGGACCUCUUCCGACUAAUGGAGUAAUGCAUGUGGAUGAAUGUGUGGAAUUCCACAGGCUGUGGAGCGCCAUGCAGUUUGUUUACUGUAUUCCUGUGGGAGCACAUGAGUUCACUGUAGAGCAGUGCUUCGGAGAUGGAUUGCACUGGGCUGGCUGUAUGAUCAUUACACUGCUUGGACAGCAACGCCGAUUUGAUGUCCUCGACUUCUGUUAUCAUUUGCUCAAAGUUCAGAAACAUGAUGGGAAAGAUGAUGUCCUCAAAAAUGUGCCUUUGAAGAAAAUGGUUGACAGAAUUCGCAAGUUCCAGAUUCUCAAUAAUGAGAUCUUUGCUAUCUUGAACAAGUAUCUGAAGUCAGGUGACAGCGAGAAUGUACCUGUGGAGCAUGUCCGCUGUUUCCAGCCACCUAUUCAUCAGUCACUAGCAAGCUCAUGAGAAAAUUAAACUCUUGGAACAGUUCAAGAAUCCAGGGAUAUUUGUAAUUCUAAAAAUCAUAACUUUACUGUUCUGAGCGCCUGCAUAAUAAAUUGGCUGAUGCACUGAAUUUUCAUGAUGGGAAAUGUUGGAUUUAAACUGCUGGGUGAUUAUUUUAUUUUUAAGAGGUCAGUGCAUGGUUUGCUGUGGUUGAGGGUUUUUACUGAUGUAUUUGUCAUCAAACACUACCAGCAAUAAGAACCAGACAGAGAUUUAAAAUAAAACAAUAAAACUGGCUAUUUUUAGAAUAAAUUUAGUUGCAAAGGUUUCAUGAUAAAUUUAAUGUUAUCAGAAUGUGAUUUUUUUGUAAUGCCAUUGUUAUAAAAAGAUUAACAAUUUUGUUCAAAUCUAUAUAUUUUACUACACCUGCCUGCACUUAUAGUUUACUGGUGCUAUACUAAAAGAUGCCAUUUUCUAUUCUAUUCCAAUAAUAUUUUUGCUCCUAUUUUUUUCUAGUAUAACUCAUUUACAGUAAGCUUUUCCACAGUUUAUAGUUGCAAUAAACUUGAAAAUGAACUUGGACUUUGUUUGAAAUCUUUGCCAGGUUGUAUGGAAGAAAUAAAUACUACUUCAUCUAA